AUGAGCUCUCUACGUAUUCAGCCUGCUGUAAAAGGCGAGCGUGAGGGAGUGAAGGACGGCCUGCGAGAGCGGCGGAUAAAUCAGGCUGGCCUGCCUGCCCCCCCCAACACUCCCCUACUGCCCUACUGCACCUACCACACCCCAACACUCUCCUACUGCACCUACCACGCCCCAACACUCCCCUACUGCACCUACCACACCCUCAACACUCCCCUACUGCACCUACCACACCCCAACACUCUCCUACUGCACCUACCACCCCCCAACACUCCCCUACUGCACCUACCACACCCUCAACACUCCCCUACUGCACCUACCACACCCCAACACUCUCCUACUGCACCUACCACCCCCCAACACUCCCCUACUGCACCUACCACACCCUCAACACUCCCCUACUGCACCUACCACACCCCAACACUCUCCUACUGCACCUACCACCCUCUCCAACACUCCCCUACUGCACCUACCACCCUCUCCAACACUCCCCUACUGCACCUACCACCCUCUCCAACACUCUCCUACUGCACCUACCACGCCCCAACACUCCCCUACUGCACCUACCACACCCUCAACACUCCCCUACUGCACCUACCACACCCUCAACACUCCCCUACUGCACCUACCACCCUCUCCAACACUCUCCUACUGCACCUACCACGCCCCAACACUCCCCUACUGCACCUACCACACCCUCAACACUCCCCUACUGCACCUACCACCCCCCAACACUCUCCUACUGCACCUACCACCCCCCAACACUCCCCUACUGCACCUACCACACCCUCAACACUCCCCUACUGCACCUACCACACCCUCAACACUCCCCUACUGCACCUACCACACCCUCAACACUCCCCUACUGCACCUACCACAGCCCCAACACUCCCCUACUGCACCUACCACCCUCUCCAACACUCCCCUACUGCACCUACCACCCUCUCCAACACUCCCCUACUGCACCUACCACACCCUCAACACUCCCCUACUGCACCUACCACACCCUCAACACUCCCCUACUGCACCUACCACACCCCAACACUCCCCUACUGCACCUACCACUGCACCUACCACACCCCAACACUCCCCUACUGCACCUACCACACCCUCAACACUCCCCUACUGCACCUACCACCCUCUCCAACACUCCCCUACUGCACCUACCACAGCCCCAACACUCCCCUACUGCACCUACCACACCCUCAACACUCCCCUACUGCACCUACCACACCCUCAACACUCCCCUACUGCACCUACCACACCCUCAACACUCCCCUACUGCACCUACCACAGCCCCAACACUCCCCUACUGCACCUACCACACCCUCAACACUCCCCUACUGCACCUACCACCCUCUCCAACACUCCCCUACUGCACCUACCACAACCCCAACACUCCCCUACUGCACCUACCACACCCCCAACACUCCCCUACUGCACCUACCACCCUCUCCAACACUCCCCUACUGCACCUACCACAGCCCCAACACUCCCCUACUGCACCUACCACCCUCUCCAACACUCCCCUACUGCACCUACCACACCCUCCACACUCCCCUACUGCACCUACCACACCCUCAACACUCCCCUACUGCACCUUCCACACCCCCAACACUCCCCUACUGCACCUACCACACCCCCAACACUCCCCUACUGCACCUACCACCCUCUCCAACACUCCCCUACUGCACCUACCACACCCCCAACACUCCCCUACUGCACCUACCACCCUCUCCAACACUCCCCUACUGCACCUACCACCCUCUCCAACACUCCCCUACUGCACCUACCACACCCUCCACACUCCCCUACUGCACCUACCACACCCUCAACACUCCCCUACUGCACCUACCACACCCCCAACACUCCCCUACUGCACCUACCACCCUCUCCAACACUCCCCUACUGCACCUACCACCCUCUCCAACACUCCCCUACUGCACCUACCACACCCUCAACACUCCCCUACUGCACCUACCACACCCUCAACACUCCCCUACUGCACCUACCACCCCCUCAACACUCCCCUACUGCACCUACCACUGCACCUGGAAAAAAAAAAAACAAGAUUAA